AUUCGUAGGGAUUCGUGUUUUUUUCUAUCGCUCCUUUUCCAUAAUAACCUCACUCAACCCGCCGAAGGGCUACACGUCCAUCGCUGGAAUGUCGUCCUCUGUUGAUAAGAAGAACGGCAUCACCCAGGCGGAGGUCCUGGACGCAAGUAAGGACAACAUCGGCAUCUUAAACAAGAAAGUCGGCGCAAUCCUCGAUGCCCUUGACCUCGUCGCUAGAUCACGAACCCAAGAGUAUGUACAGGCCGAGGCAGUCCGUCGAGCACGAUAUUCCCUCCGACGUGCCUCCUUGUCAACAUCGUCUUCCGUUGACGAUGUACGCCCCGUGAAUGCCCCUGUCUCAUACAUAUGGCCGGAAGACGCACGGCGUGCGUUCAUUAUGCUUCGCAAAGGUAUGCCGCUCGCUCAGCUCCAAGCCAAGGCAAGGAAACAGCAUGCCGAGAUAUCAAAGUGGCUUGCAUGGGCCAAAGAUAUACCGACGGAACGUCGCCAAGUGCCUGAGGAAACACUCGUCACACAAAUAUCCCGAGAGCUACACAUGACAACGGUCUACGUGGCGAUUCUACAACUCGUUGAUUACCGUAUGCGAGACAACCUCUCGGCGCUGAAAUUCCCUGGUCUGCGCUGGUGCUCUCGUCUCCGCGGAACCCAACUCUUGUCGGCGCUGAAGGUCUUGGCUACUUUAGAGCUGCCCCUGACUUUCUGCUAUGACGGAAUCGAUGAAGACUGUAAGCUGAUGCAGGAUAUCGUCCUGGCGCGAGACGAGAUGGGCGAGUGGAUGCGUCUCUGGCGGUCUCAUCAUCCCGCGAAGGGAUUGGACAAGAAAAGCGAGGACGAGGAGCCUGAUCAACACGUAAAGAGUGAGGAUACGGACACGUGACGGCCCGGGUGAAGACUAUCAUCGGUGAACGAUAGGCUACUGUCGGAGUCAUGAUAUUUUGUCAGGACGGGUCUGCUGUGACCAUCAGCGCAGAUGUCGUCUGAAGCAAAGCAUAAUUUUAGGGUUGUUUUUGGUCGACUUGGGGCAAAGUCAUAGGGUUGCAUUGUUAUAAUUCCCCUCGGAGCAAAUAAUUAUUGGUUGCAGAGGGGGCUUUGCAACAAUCAUGUCAGAACCUAGGUAGAUAAAGGUGUUCACAGGUUUCAAUCAUCAUGACAAAUGAGCCCGGGGCACACGCAAUGUCAUGUGUGAAGCGCCGUGUGUUGGUUGGAGAAUGAGAUGUCAUGUUGUCCGAAGCUCGAAUUUACCGC